UUGAAAGCGUUUGCUGGAAAGACGAAACCACAAAAAUGUUUCGACACGUCUCAACUGACGAUUCAGUCGCAACCCGAGCCGUGGCCUGACAGCAUGUGUACGGUUCCCAGCUGCCCAACGGAAAGGUGUGUGCAACGGUAUAACAGCGCAGUAGAACAGUAUAACAGCGCAGUAGAACAGCGUGUAGAGUAUUCGAAUCAUGGGCCUGCUCGGCACGCUGCGUCGACUUAGUCCAAGCCCACGCAGCCCCUCGCACGGCAUCGAGCUGCAGCAUCGCAGUAAAACGCAAGUGGAUCUGCAGGUUCCGGUUCCGGUUCCGCCUCCAUUUCUGACCACCACUCAGUCCUCGCCCCAUCUAACUGAGCAAACGUUGCAGGUGUGGCGGGCAUUGCCAGCGGAGAUUCGACAUGAUCCCAGCAUGGCGAGCUUUAAAAUGGAAAACCAACGCAUUCACGGCUCCAUGGUCGCCGACAGCGAGGCGGAGGAGCACGAGGUGGAGGUCGAGCUGGAUGUGGAGGAGCCAGAUGAUCGUAAGUCCAGCUAUGCCGGCUCCGAUUUUCUGGACAUCAAAAUGAAGCCGAACUACGACGGCGACAAGAGCACAGACGAUGAGGCGACGACCAUUCACUCGGAUCACGAGCCGCAUGCAAAUGGACCCGGCAGCGCCAAGGCCGUGGCUCGACGACUGCAUCACAAAUCGAAGAGGUCCAAGGAGCAACAGCAGCGGGAUAAACGCUUGAAGAGAUGCUGCCUGCUCGUCAUCUGGGUCGUAGCAGCCGGCGUCCUGAUCAGCGUGGGCGAGAAGCAGCUGCUCGAGAAGAUUGUGCAGGUGCCCAAAGGGGAGAUUGGCAAAUUUUUUCAGCUGGAGCAGAAGCCCAUGGGCGACUUCUACCUGAGGCUGGAGGGCGCUUUCGAGCAGUCCUUCAAGCAGUUGCAGACUGAGCGGGAGGAGAACGAGACGGAUAGUCGCAGUUAUCUGUUUGUGCAGCCGCAGUUGUCCCACAACAGGAGUCGGGACUAUGAGGACGUCUUAUCACCCUGGCAGCUGCCUUUGGUGCCGGAUGAUGAGCUUUUCAGGUCGCCCGCCGUGCAUCGCAAUCACACCUUUCACAUAACCCCCGAGUUGGGUGAGUUGCUCGCCCAUCGGGAAGCUCGGAUGCGUUUGCGCAUCUACAGCAAUGCUCAACAGGACUUGGCUGUGGAUCUCAGCUAUAAUCCGUUGAUUGUGAACAAUCGCACCGGCAGCAUUCUAGCGGGACUCAUACUGCUCCUCUUCUAUGGCCUGCUCAUCUCGGAGCAACUUGAUCGUCCAUUUGUGGCCAUCAUCUGUUCAGUGCUCUCUGUGACGGCCUUGGCUGCCUUUCAAGAUCGCCCCAACAUGGAGGAGAUCAAGCAGUGGAUGGACAUGGAACUGCUCACCCUACUCUUCUGCAUGAUGCUGCUCAUUCUCAUACUCACCGAGACGGGUGUCUUCGACUAUCUGGCCGUCGUUUGCUUUGAGGUUUCGGGCGGCAAGAUCUGGCCGAUGAUCUAUAGUCUCUGCGUGAUCACUUGCCUGGUGUCCAGCGUGCUGGACAACAUGACCACAGUGCUGCUGCUCACACCAGUUGCGAUACGUCUGUGCGAGGUCAUGCAACUGGAUCCCAUACCCGUUGUCAUGGGCAUCAUUGUCCACGCGAACAUCGGCGGAGCUCUGUCACCCAUCGGCGAUCCCAUUAGCAUCAUCGUGGGCACGAACCGCUUUAUCGUCGAGAAUGACAUCAACUUUUUGACAUUUAUGGCCCAUAUGAUGCCCGGCGUAAUCUUGGCCUUGCUGCAGAGCUGCGUCUACUUACGCAUCUACUAUCGCAACAUGGAUGAGCUGCGUCUCAACGAGCCCAAGGAGCUGGGCGAGCUGCGACGUGAGAUUAAGGUGUGGCAACGUGCUUUGAAUGCGAUUGGAGCCUGCUCGAAGGACGCGCAGCUGGUGCGUGGCACUCUGCAGGGCAAGGUCAAGCAGCUGAAGCGCACAUUGCGACGUAAGGAGCGAGGCGUUGGCUCCACCGAGAUCUAUGCGAGCACGCUCGACGAGUUAAAGCAGAAGUACCCCAUCAAGAACAAGAAGCUACUACUCUUAUCGACCGGUGUCCUGGUCUUCGUCAUCGUCUGCUUCCUGGUGCAGUCGGUGCCCCGUUGGCGCACCUUGCCCCUCGGCUGGGUCGCGCUGCUGGGGGUGAUCCUGCUGCUGAUUAUGGUGAAUCGCGAGGAUAUGGAGCAUCUGAUACACCGCAUCGAGUGGACAACGCUGCUCUUCUUCGGCGCCAUGUUCGUGAUGAUGGAGUGUGUGGAGCGACUUGGGCUGCUCGUCAGCAUUGCCGAGUUCACGGAGCACGUGAUUCUCGCCGUGAAUAUGGAGCACCGUCUCACGAUGGCCAUAGUCGUCAUAUUGUGGACCACGGCGCUGGCCUCGUCCAUCUUGGACAGCAUACCCGUGGCGGCGAUGAUGGUCAAGCUGGUCACCUCGCUGGUGGCCAAACAAUCGCUCGGCCUGCCGCUGCAGCCCCUCGUCUGGGCCCUCACCCUGGGCGCCUCCCUCGGCGGCAAUGGCAGCCUCUACGGCGCCUCGGCGAACGUCAUUGCCGCCGGCAUUGCCGAACAGCAUGGCUACAAGCUCUCCUUCACGCGGUAUCUGAAGACCGUGCUGCCCCUGAUGCUGUGCCAGAUAGUCCUGAUGACCAUCUAUCUGCUGCUCGCCCACAGCGUCUUCGAGUGGAAUUAAUUGCCAAGAUAGGCAAAAUCCCAAAUAAUUCAAAUAAUA